AUGAGUCAACAAGGUUAUGUUGCGGCUCCUCCAUAUUCCCAGUCCCAGCCAGGAAUAGGAGGUUUUGGACCACCUAGUUCUUCACUUCAUUAUGGGCAUUAUGGGGACCCUAACUCCUCAUACUCAGCACCUCAACCAGGUGUGUCAAAAUCAACUGUGCCUUUUGGAUCUUCGGCUCCUGUUGGGCCUCCACCAGCUGGUACCCAGUUCAGCCAGACCAGUUUCCAAAAUGGGCCUGGUGCACCAGGGCAGCAGCCACACAGGUUUCAAGGUCCUCCACCUCCAAGCAACACAGGACCUUCCUAUCCUCCCUACAGUCACCAGUCACAACCAGCCUUCCCAAAUACUGCAUCCACUUCAUCUACAGCCCAGCUUGCUGACCAGCUCAGCAGCAUGCAGAUAAAUAACUAUGGUCCUGGCACUAUUCCGAGCCCUCACGUGUCUCCUGGGCAUCCAGCAUCUCUGCAGGGACCACGGCUACCACCACCAACCCAGCAGCAAAUCUCUUUGCCACCUGGAUCACAGCUUCCUCCUCCACCAGCUAGUAAUGUUAAUGGCCUUGGUGCUCAGCCAUCACUGCCUCCUAUGGCCAGACCAGGUGGAAUCCCUGGCCCUGUCUCUCCAAAUCCUAACUUGCAACAGCUUCCAGGACAGCCUCCAGGGCCUGGAUAUCAUCCUCAGCAAGCAAACUAUGGUCCUCCGAUGGCAGGAUCUCAGCUGUCUUACCCUGGUGCUUUUCCUGGGGGUCCAGCACAGCUCUCAGGUGCUUUUCCUGGGGGUCCAGCACAGCUCUCAGGUCCACCACAGAAGAAGCUUGAUCCUGACUCUAUUCCAAGCCCGAUUCAAGUAAUUGAAAAUGAUAAGGCUGCGAGGGGAGGGCAGAUCUAUGCUACAAACACAAGAGGACAGGUUCCUCCUCUCGUCACCACGGACUGCGUAAUCCAGGACCAAGGCCACGCCAGCCCGCGUUACAUCCGCUGUACUACCUACUGCUUCCCCUGCUCCCCAGCCACUUCGGAUAUGGCCAGACAGGCUCGCAUUCCCCUGGCUGCUGUCGUCCAGCCUUUUGCUACUGUGCCACCAAAUGAGACACCUCUUUACCUUGUAAACCAUGGGGAGACUGGACCGAUCCGAUGCAACCGGUGCAAAGCUUACAUGUGUCCCUUCAUGCAGUUUAUUGAAGGUGGAAGAAGAUACCAGUGUGGAUUUUGCAGCUGUAUAAAUGAUGUCCCUCAGUUCUUCUUUCAACAUCUGGACCACAUGGGCCGACGGAUGGACCAGUACGAAAGGCCUGAGCUGUCUCUGGGAUCUUAUGAAUAUGUUGCUACUUUGGACUAUUGCCGAAACAAGAAGCCUCCAAAUCCACCAGCUUAUAUCUUCAUGAUUGAUGUAUCAUACCGAAACAUAAAGAGUGGCUUAGUUAAACUCAUAUGUGAUGAACUGAAGACUCUGCUAGAUAAACUUCCAAGGGAAGAGCAAGAAGAAUCCUCAGCAAUUCGAGUUGGUUUUGUCACUUAUAACAAGGUCCUCCACUUCUUUAAUGUCAAAAGCAGCUUAGCUCAGCCUCAAAUGAUGGUGGUCACGGAUGUUGCAGAAGUUUUUGUCCCUUUGCUGGAUGGUUUCCUUGUUGACUUCGAGGAAUCACGAUCAGUUGUUACCAACUUGUUGGACCAGAUUCCAGAGCUGUUUGCAGACACUAACGAGAGUGAGACCAUCUUUGCUCCUGUUAUCCAGGCUGGCAUGGAGGCACUAAAGGCUGCAGAAUGUGCUGGGAAAUUGUUUAUCUUUCAUUCUUCAUUGCCAACUGCGGAAGCCCCAGGGAAGCUGAGAAACAGAGAUGACAAAAAACUACUUGGUACAGAUAAAGAAAAGACACUUUUCCAGCCCCAGGGAAAUUGUUACGAGGCCUUAGCCAGGGAUUGUGUGGCCAAUGGCUGCUGUGUGAACUUGUUCCUCUUCCCAAAUCAGUAUGUGGACGUAGCCUCCAUGGGCCUUGUCACGAUGUACACUGGAGGAACACUGUACAAGUACAACAAUUUCCAGCUCGACGCCGAUCGCUCGCAGUUCCUCCGCGACCUCAGGAAGGAUGUCGAGAAAAGGACAGGGUUUGAUGCCACCAUGAGGGUUCGGACGAGUACAGGCUUCAGGGCUACAGACUUCUUUGGUGCCAUGUACAUGAAUAACACGACAGAUGUAGAAAUGGCAGCGAUUGACUGUGACAAGGCAGUGACAGUAGAGUUCAAACAUGAUGACAAACUGAAUGAAGACACUGGAGCCUUAAUUCAGUGUGCUGUCCUCUACACGUCGAUAAGUGGGCAGAGACGAGUUCGCAUACACAACAUAGGUUUAAACUGCAGCUCCCAGUUAGCUGAUGUCUACAGGACUUGUGAGACUGAUGCACUUAUCAACUUCUUUGCUAAGUCAGCUUUUAAAGCCAUUCUGAGCCAGCCCCUGAAGGCAGUCAGGGACAUCCUGAUGAGUCAGACAGCUCACAUGUUGGCCUGCUACAAGAAGAACUGUGCCAGCCCAGCGACUGUCAGCCAGCUGAUCCUGCCGGACACGAUGAAGGUGCUGCCUGUGUACAUGAACUGCCUGCUGAAGAGCUGUGUGCUGCUGGGCCGGCCCGAAACCCCCACGGACGACAGAGUCUACCAGCGCCAGCUCGUCAUGGCCAUGGGGGUGGCUGACACACAGCUCUUCUUCUACCCCCUGCUGCUGCCACUGCACAGCCUGGAUCUGAAGAGUGACGCUGUCCCCGCCGCCAUCCGCUGCGCCGAGGAGCGUCUGUCGGAGGCAGGGGCCUUCCUGCUGGCCAACGGGCUGCACAUGUUCCUGUGGCUGGGAGCCAGCGUGUCCCCAGAGCUCAUCCAAGGGCUCUUCAACGUGCCUUCCUUCGCACACAUCAGAGCCGAGGCCACAUCCCUGCCUGACCUGGACAAUCCGUUUUCUAAGAAACUGAAGCGUAUCUUGGAGCAAAUCCAGAGCCAAAAGCCCCACACUAUGAAGCUGAUGAUAGUGAAACAACAGGAACAGCCAGAGAUGAUUUUCCGACAGUUCCUAGUAGAAGACAAGAGUGUUUAUGGAGGAGCUUCUUAUGUAGAUUUCCUGUUCUGCAUUCACAAAGAGAUCAGCCAGCUGCUCAGUUAA